UGUGUAACCCCCGCUCCUUCAGCUUUGGUUCUCGAUGACUCAACUUAUUGAACCUUGACCUCGACGAUCUCGUUUCAGUUUCGUACACCCCAUUCCCAUUAUUCUGGGCCCCUUCGAAUUCCGUGACUUUCUCAUUAGUCACAGCCUUACUUUUACCCCCUUAGUUUAUCCCUACUUACUUACAUAGGCAUCCUGUCGUGGCCAUCAUCACAGCACAUACACCGUCCAUUUGUCUAUCAACCACAGUUACUAAAGUGAUCAUCUACUUCUUCUACUUGGAGCAAAUAUAGAAGAAAACUAGGUUUUCACCUUCUAUUCUCGGGUUAUCAAACAAACAAAACCAACUUACCCGGAGAACACAAAAAGGAAAACCGCAAAGAAACUAAUAAGAGUGAUCGUCAACCCCGGGCCUAAGCCAAGUCCCCACGGAGCAAACUCCGCCGCCACUAAUCCACCAACCCGAACUGGAAAGAUAAACCCCCAAUCCCAAAAUGGGCACACCAUUCAUCUCGCACCUCGAGCCCACGCGGCUGGACGGGUACGACCGCACGCGGCCUCACGACCAGCAACCGGGACACGUGCCCAAGACGUUCAGCGACGCGAUGGAGGUGCGCGAGGCGGUCUUCGUGCGCGAGCAGGGCGUCCCGCUGGCCAACGAGCACGACCCGGAUGACGCGCGCUCCUGCCACUGGGUCAUGUACGCCAGCGUGAACUUCACCACCGAGCCCGAGGAGCGCGACCCGCACUCCGGCGAAGUCACCAAGCCCCGCAAGUCCGAGACCCGCAGCCUACCUAUCGGAACCCUGCGCAUUGUGCCGUUUCCGCACCCGCCGCACCCCCAGCCGGGUGGAAGGUACGUGAAUAAUGUGCUGCUGCUGGAUGAUGAGAGUGAUGGCGAGAAGAAGGGUGAUGGCACUACUACUUCUUCCGGAACUGCAAGGCCUCGAGCCAGAACCCUGACGUCUGUGGACGAGGAGCGCCAAGCCUCUGCUUUACCUUUUGGUGCAGAUCGGCCUACAACAUAUCACGAUGGAAAGGAGCCGUACGUCAAACUAGGCCGCAUGGCAGUGAUUCCCGAGUUUCGCGGCCACCACAUCGCGGGCCAGUUGUGGCGAGCAGCCAAGAAGUGGCUCGAGGACAACCCGACCUUCUUCAACCCUAGCGUCACGGAACUAGGUAUGGAUCAGCUCAAGGUUGGCGUGGCUGGCGAUAUUCCCAAGUGGAACGGCCUGGUGUGCUGUCACGCCCAGGAGAGUGUGAUUAAACUCUACGAGAGGUGGGGUUUCAAAGUCGACGAGGGCAUGGGUAAAUGGUACGAGGAGGGUAUUCCGCACGUAGGAAUGUUUUUGCGACUGCAUAUCAAGGAGGGAAACCCGAGAGUAUAGUGCUACAAGCAGGCUUAAAGGGAUAUCAGAAUUGCUCGAGCCUUGAUAUUAGGAGUACGAGGGUGGUAGUAUAAGCGCUACUUCAUCGGUUGGCGUUGCGUUGCGUUGCUGUUCUUACAAAGAUACCAAGUCAGUUAUGACUAAUUUCGUUUACGGAUGCCAUUGCAUUUGCGAGAGCUAUAUCAGUAGAGCAAAAUAAAUGCUAUA